AUGAGUUCCAGAAUAAACCAGCUGUGCCAGCAGAACGAAGGGGACACUGGUCGAUCUUAUGUGAAGUGUGACUGCUGUCGACAGAGACACAAGAAGUGCUUGCCAGCAUCACGAAUCUGGCCCGAAGAACGUUGCACUGAGUGUAAAGAGUCAAACCUGCUCUGCGGACCGCCCUUGCAUUACAAGGAUUCUCCGUUGUCGGGUCCUGAGGGACGGUCCUCAAAGCGGGCAAAGAGUCAGUCGGGGCUGAGUUUGAGUGACAGGAAUGACAAGAAUAAUAACAAUCAAGACUACGGUGGCCUAGGCCCCUCGGAGGCUGCACCCAAUUUCGGCAACGGCUCGGGUCCGCGUCCACAUCUACCCCCAAUCUCAUCCUCUCAGCGAAGCCCUCUCUCUCCUCCUACUACGACGCUAUUGUCAGUAUCAUCCGGCUCGACGCCGAAGCGCAAACUCUGCAACACCGAAAGCUUGCUCGAUGACCCGGGUGAGACGACAUCUUGUGAUCCAACGCAGGAUGUAUUGGGGUCGAGACUCAUCGAUCUCGGUUACCUUUUCAUACUCUACGAGCAUUUGAAAGGCCUAGAACUGGCCUCGAAACCUCCACUCUCCACUGAAUACGGGCAUUCUAUUACCAACAAUAUUAAGAUUCUCGCAGUGUGCACUGCCUAUCGCGUUCAACAUGCGCUGGAGGCCAUCAUUGAUCUAAUAGAGGUUGAUGGCAGAUCAACCGAGUCGCGAAACCUGCGAUACCGGGAAGCGUUGGACACGGUAGAAGAUAUCAAUAAGCUUGGCCCCAGAGUCAAGAUCCUUGUUGAUUUGGAGGUUACCAUUCUGACCAAGCUCAUUCUCAUCUACGAGCAGCAGAAAGACGCACCGGCGGUGAGACGGUUUUCUCGCAGACGUGCGAAGCUACAUCAUGGAUCAACCAUCGUCCCUAAUGCCUCUCACAUUGAACACACGGCGCAGUCAUGGGUAGAAACCUACAAGAAACUCCCAGCGCUGUUUGACCGCCUCAGCCUACCAGCCGAAGCCCCUCUCUAUGCCAUUGACCCCUCAGCUUUUCCAGCUCAGCACAGCGCUCUAAGAUGUGGCGAUGAUGACGUUGCUAAGUUCCUCUGCAAAUCGGAUGGUGCUUUGCAGCAUCUUGACAUGCUCAAGCAAAAUUUUGUUCUCGCAGCAGCAGCUGUUGGGAAGUUACCCCUGCUCGAAACACUUGUGCAAAAUGACAAGAGUCUACUGCAGAGCAGAGAUCUCUUUCACAGAACGCCUCUCUUUCACACAGCUUAUCAGGGAGAUCUGAAAACAUUCGAAUCCCUAGUACAAGCAGGUGCAGACGUCUUUGCCCGGGAUGAAGCAAGCCAAAGCAUUCUUGGUGCCGCAUCUGCCGCAGGCAACCUAGAUAUCGUUAGAUGGCUGCUGGAGCUUGGGGGCGUGACAAGUCCGAAUGACCAUUAUCUCGGGUCACGAUCCCCACUGCACGAUGCUGCUCGGGCAGGCCACAAAGAUGUCUGUUCGCUGUUACUCCGGAAAGGUGCCGACGCAAAUUACAUCAUUGAUAAUGUCACUCCUGCUCAGGCAGCUCGCGUCAAUGGCUUCGACGAUGUUGCCAACAUGUUGAAGCUUUAUGAAGCUCAUCAUGCUGGUCAACAUGUCUCCAAUCCCUCCAUUGGUAACCUUCCACCGCAGGCCCUGGCAGAUGGCAUCUUGCCCUUAGGUGUUUGUCAGCCCGGUCAAUCUGCUUGCCCGUCACCGUCACCUCCCGAAGUGACCUACACGGAGGCCGCCCUUGAAGAAACCUUCAUUUCAGAAUUUCUAACAGACUUUACGCCCAUUGAAUAUUCUGAGGCCGGGACUGAUGGGCCACCUCUUGACGGAUCUGGUUUUGUCCUAUGA